AUCUUGUGCAAACAGCCCUACUGCAACAUGCAAAAGCAAAUAAUAACGUUAGGUAACUUAGGUUUAGCAACCUUGUACUACUAGUACACACAUGCGCAGUAAGGAACCUUUCCGAUCUACACUAAAGACCGCAGUUACUCAUCGUCAAAAAUUUCUCAACUUUUUUAUAAUUGCCUUACAUUUUUUAAGGAGCAAUUGGCAACGUUGAUUUAAAACAAUUGAUCUUAGAAUCAUCUCAAGAUAUCUUCACCAACAUAGUAUCUUCCAAUUUUUAUAUUGAGCGGGUCAGAUCGCUCAUCCUAUAUCAACAUGGCAGGCGACAAGCAUCCUCUGGAGCAGCAACAGGAGCUCCAGAGUGUAAAGGCGCAGAAGACCAGACCUUCGUCUUUCGAUACUUACCAGACAUCUUUAAGUGUCCGCUACUGUAGCCCUGAGAUGAUGGGUCUUUUCAGUCAACGUUCGAGGCAUUCCAUUUGGCGCCGACUGUGGUUGGGUCUCGCAGAGAGUGAAAAGGAGCUCGGCAUUACUACUAUCACUCCUGAGGCUCUAGAUGAAAUGAAAGCUCACCUCAUAGUCACUGACGACGAUUUUGAGACAGCUCGUAUUGAAGAGAAGAAGCGUAGACAUGAUGUCAUGGCCCAUGUUCACGCAUAUGGCCUUGUUGCCCCAUCCGCCGCUGGCAUUAUUCACUUAGGCGCCACUUCAUGCUUGUUCACCGAUAAUGCCGAAUUGAUCAUCAUGCGAGAUGCUUUGGAUCUCCUACUAAAGAAGCUAGCCAAGGUCAUUUCAAACCUAUCAGCUUUUGCUCUCCAAUGGAAGGGCGAACCAACACUCGCGUACACUCAUUUGCAAGCGGCCCAGCCACACAGUGUUGGAAAAAGGGCGGCGCAAUGGGUUCAAGACCUUAUGCUCGACCUUGAGAGUAUUGAGGAAGUACGAAAUAAGCUGAAGUUCCGGGGCGCACAAGGAACAACUGGAACCCAGGCGUCAUUCUUGGAGAUCUUUCGAGGCGACUCUUCCAAGUGCGACAAGCUCAACGAGCUGCUCUGUAAAAAGUUUGAUUUCCCAGGUUGCUAUGACAUUUCUACGCAGACAUAUACUCGUAAAGUAGAUUUGAUCAUCGCCAAUGCCGUGUCCGGUCUGGGUGCCACCGCGCAGAAGAUCUGUGGUGAUAUUCGGCACCUGGCAUCGUGGAAGGAAAUCGAGGAGCCAUUUGAGAAGUCUCAGAUUGGAUCUUCGGCUAUGGCCUUCAAGAGAAAUCCCAUGCGUGCGGAAAGAUGCUCGGCGUUGGCUCGCGCGCUAAUGGCAAAACCGGCAAGUUUCGCUAACACGUUAUCGGACCAAUGGAUGGAACGAACCCUUGAUGACUCUGCCAUUCGCAGAAUGGAUAUUCCGGAAAUGUUCCUAUUGGCUGAAGCCAUUCUCAUUGGACUGGACAACAUUUCAGACGGACUGGUAGUAUACCCAAAGAGAAUCCAGAAUCGUCUGAAUGAAGAGCUGCCCUUCAUGAUCACGGAAACGAUCAUUAUGCGUCUUGUAGCUUUAGGGGCUUCCCGACAAGAGGCACACGAAGAAAUUCGAGUCUUAUCGCAUCAAGCAGCAAGCGUCGUCAAAAAUGAGGGCAAGGCAAAUGACCUGAUUGAGCGAAUCCGACAAACAGAGUACUUCAAGCCUAUCUGGGGCGAACUGGAUUCUAUGUUCCAGGCUGAUCUUUACAUUGGCCGUAGCGUAGAGAUUGUGGAGAAGUAUUGUGGUGCCGGCGGUCCUGUAGAGAAGGCGUUGUUGCCAUACAGGAAGUAUAUUUCGGAAUCUGCUACUGCCGAACUCGAUGUCUAGAUGGGCCAAUCUCACGGUCAUAUGCGGAUAUUGUGGGUGACGAAAAGAAAAAAGGAUGAAAAGUUCAAUGCUCUCUUAAGAAUCGGGUUCGAUGUCAUUGCGUAUUUCUUUCGGUGAUCUGGGCGCUGUGCGGGAAGAGGAACAUGUCUCUCCUUGAUCAGUUCUCGUUCCAUGACAUCCGUGGAUUACCUACAGCCCCAGGCGCUGCCGCCGUGUAUAAUAAAAAGGCUCCCUAUUAAGCUGUUCAUUCCGAACAGUGCAAUAAAAUGAUUACUGAGUAUCUAUUUGGAAGAUUAAAGAUGUGAAAGGAAUGAAAUAGAUCUGGGACAAGGCUGGCUUAGCGGUGAAGGACUCGAUAGUCCGCACGAGGUUGCGUAAGCUAAAUAGCUUCUCGAAGCAGUCGAAGUUCAUGGCCCCUGAAAUAUUUCGGUAGAUGUCCACUGUUUGCUCCUCAAGUGGACCAAUUGGUAAUACUUUGUACAAUACCGGUAGACAGAGAAUAGUGAGCCUGCUGUGCCACAUGGAUGCAUGACGUAUAUGCCUACUAGGUGGGUAGGUAGGGUAGCAUUUUUCCAGACGAAGGCUAGAAUACCUAGGUAGACAGAAUGACGAUGAUGCGG